AGCAAAUAGCAAACAACUGAGAGCCUGAACUCACCAUCAGCAUUGAACACUGAACUCUGAACACUGAACACUGAACACGGACUCUCAUCUGUUUCUGGCAAACAUGAAGCCAGACCUCUGGUAUUUCUUUCUCUUCUGCUUGCAAACUAAAGUUCUAACAGGAGAAAUCAAUGGUUCUGCCGAUUAUGAGAUGUUUACAUUUCACAACGGAGGUGUACAAAUUUUAUGCAAAUAUCCUGACAUUGUCCAGCAAUUUAAAAUAGAGUUGCUGAAAGGGGAGCAAAUACUCUGCUAUUUCACUAAGACAAAGGGAAGUGGUAACACAGUGUCCAUUAACAGCCAGAAAUUCUGCCAUCCUCAGCUAUCCAACAACAGUGUCUCCUUUUUUCUAUAUAACUUGGACCGUUCUCAUGCCAACUAUUACUUCUGCAGCCUCUCCAUUUUUGAUCCUCCUCCUUUUAAAGUAACUCUUAAGGGAGAAUAUUUGCAUAUUUAUGAAUCACAACGUUGUUGCCAGCUGAAGUUCUGGUUACCCAUAGGAUGUGCAGCUUUUGUUGUAGUCUGCGUUUUUGUAUGCAUACUUAUUUGUUGGUUUACAAAAAAGAAGUAUUCAUCCAGCGUGCAUGACCCUAAUAGUGAAUACAUGUUCAUGGCAGCAGUGAACACAGCCAAAAAAUCUAAACUCACAGAUGUGACCCUAUAAUCUGAAACUCUGACACCCAGGGAUGAAUCAUGUUGGCCAGUUUUCCACAACUUGAAGCACAAGAUUCUCUCAUUUCCUGGACCAUGGAGAGUCUGACUUGAUUUAACUACAUACAUCUUCUGCCGGUGUUUUGUUCAAUCUGGACGAGUGACUGUAUCAGUCAACAGGAAUUUUAACAGACUGCCUUGGUACUGCUGAGUCCUCUCAAAACAAUCACCCUCUUGCAACCAGCUUUAGAGAAAGCCCAGCUCCUGUGUGCUCAACAAAUAGAUCUCACUGGGAGUGGAAUCCCUGUCUCCACAUCUGCCCCUAGCAGUGCACCAGCCAGCAAAACAAACACAUUCACCAAAACAAUGUUUUAAAGAUGCCAGAGGUACUGAAUCUGCAAAGCAAAUGAGCAGCCAAGGGCCAGCAUCUGUCCUCAUUUCACUAUCAUACUACCUCUUCUUUCUAUAGGGAUGAGAAUUCCUCUUUUCAUCAGACAGUCAAGGGAGAUGCUUCAGAACUGGAGCUAUUUUAUUUCUGAGAUGUUGAUGUGAACUGUACAUUAGUACAUACGCAGUACUCUCCUUCAGUUGCUGAACCCCAGUUGACCAUUUAACCAAGACUUUAGAUACUUUCUUGUGUCCUCAAUUUUCUUUUUAAAAAUACUUCUACAUGACUGCUUGACACCCUACCAGCCACUCUCAAUAGAGAGCUAUGUCUUACAUUCUUUCCUCACUGCUCAGAUGUUUUUUGUAUCUGUGCACACAUAUAUACACACAUAUGCAUAUAAAAUUCAUAAUGAAUAUAUUUGCCUAUGUUCUCCCUACAAGAAUAUUUUUAUCCCAGAAAGACAUGCUAUUUUCUCAAAUUCAGUGAAAAUGGUUAACUUUGUUCAGGUUAGUGGUAGGAAACAUUGCCUGGAAUUGAAAGCAACUUUAUUUUGUUAUCCUGUUUUCUACCAUUAUCUAUGUUUUUAUGGUGCUAUUAAUGACAAACUUAACUCUUUUUGUAGAACAUAUUAAAACUGCAUUCAAAAUAAUCUUUAAUGGGCAAGCAUUCUCCUGGGGUAGAGCAGAUUAUUCAUUUAGCCUGAAUGCUGUUGUAACUGUAGGUUGCUGUCAGACUAUACCUGGGUUGCCUCUGGGCUUGACAGGUCAAAAUGGUCCCCCUGAGCCUGGAGCAGCCCUCCAGACCUGGGUGGAAUUCCAGGGUUGAGAGACUCCCCUAAGCCAGGGGCCACUAGGUUUUCUUCUUCCCAGAGGCUGAUGUCACCCUGGGAAUCACAGUGGGUCUACCUGCAUUCAUAACUCCAGGAUCUGUGAAGCACACAUAUGUGUCAGGGCACAAUUCCCUCUCCUAAAAACCACACAGCCCGAAAAUGGCCCUGGCUCUUCAAGUUAGUCUUCUUAAGAAUAUGAUUUGGCUAGAAAGAGUCUUAAAUACAUGUAAUGUGAUUAUGCUUAGCUGGAAUAUUUUCUCAACUUCCUGCAUGCCCAAGGCUUCUGAAGCAGCCAAUGUAUAUGCAGCAACAUUUGUGACUUUAGGUAAAUUGGGAUUAUGUUGUAGUUUAACAUUUUGUAGCUGCCUGUUUAUAGCUUACAAGUGAGACCCAAUGUGUCAUUAUGCAUACUUAUAUUAUUUUAAGCAUGUGUAAUGCUGGAUGUGUACAGUACAGUACUGAACUUGUAAUUUGAAUCUAGUAUGGUAUUCUGUUUUCAGCUGACUUGGACAACCUGGCUGGCUUUGCACAGGUGUUCCCUGAGUUGUUUGCAGCUUUCUGUGUGUGGGGUGGAGUGUGGGGAGGACAGCCUUCAUGGUGGCCCACCUGGCCUGGUUGUCCAAGCUGUGUCUUGAUACAUCCUCAUCCCCAGCAUGGGACAUUUCAAAAUAAAUUAUUAAAGGACAAAAUUUCUGUGAAAUCAAAUCUGGUUUUAAGAGGAGCCACUUAUCAAAGAGAUUUUCAGCAGUAGUAAGAAGCAAAAGAAUAAACAUUUUGAUAUUCAGCAACUGAAAA